AUGCCCGGCUUUUAUACCACUCUCGCUACAGGCGCGAUCAGUCUUUUGAGCAUUGUAGGCUUGUACAUGCUAUUCACCGGCACUGGUGAAGCCUUCAAUGUCGGCAAGCUACUCGAAGACACAUCACCCUAUGCAUGGGCAAGCACUGGUAUGGGCUUGUGUAUUGGUCUCUCGGUUGCAGGUGCUGCUUGGGGUAUCUACAUUACAGGCUCGUCUCUCUUGGGUGGUGCUGUCAAGACACCUCGCAUCCAAUCUCGCAACCUCAUUUCUAUUAUUUUCUGCGAAGUCGUCGCCAUUUACGGUGUCAUCAUGACCAUCGUCUAUUCAGCAAAGCUCAACGAUAUUCCACCUGAACAGCUUUACUCUGCUUCCAACUACUUUACAGGACACGCCAUUUUCUGGGGUGGUCUCACUGUGGGUGUAUGCAAUCUUCUUUGUGGUGUCUGUGUUGGCAUUACAGGUUCCAGUGCUGCUUUAGCAGAUGCCCAGGAUCCUCAGCUCUUUGUCAAGGUUUUGGUCGUUGAGAUUUUCGGCUCAGUCUUGGGUCUCUUUGGUCUUAUUGUGGGUCUUUUGACGACUGGCAAGGCAGCAGAUUUUCAAUAA